AUGGCAAGUGCUUCGUCAGUCACACCGACCGGAGGUCAAGGGGACAGACCACUAGGAGAACAAACAAAUCAGCAAGCCCCCAGCCAAGCUGAGGAUCGAGCUCAAGAGCAAGUCCCUGCAGAGUCCUUCUCACAAUCCGCAGCGGAGGAGGCGCCAGAGACGUACGAGGCUACCCACGUCCACGCUGUCUACGAGGCCAUUGCACCGCACUUCUCUGCUACUCGCCAUAAGCCGUGGCCCCGUGUUGCUAGCUUCCUUCUCUCUCAGCCUGCUGGCAGUGUCGGUCUGGAUGUUGGUUGUGGCAACGGCAAGUAUCUGCGUGUCAACCCCGAUGUUCACAUCUUUGGCUCAGAUCGGAGCCAAGCGCUCGUCCAACUAGCCCGCACUGAACUCCGACGGCCACGGGAAGACGGAGUCGAGCUUGACCCCAGGGUCUCCGACGUCGAUGUUGCUGUUGCGGAUGGCUUCGCUCUUCCUUACCGCAAGGCUGCUGCCGAUUUUGCCAUCUGCAUCGCUGUUGUGCAUCACAUGUCGACACGUGAGCGUCGACAGACCGCUAUUUCGGAGUUGCUGGACCUCGUAACUCCUCAAACCGGUCGUGUGCUGGUCUAUGUAUGGGCUCUGGAGCAGGCGUCGAGCCGUCGCGGGUGGGACACGGGCAGUGACCAGGACCGUCUGGUGUCGUGGGUUAUGCGCAAACCAAAAGGCCAGGAGCCUGGGGGCACGUUCCAGCGUUACUACCAUCUAUACAAAGAGGGCGAGCUGGAAGAGGACGUUUUGGCGGUUGGAGGCAUCGUUGUGGAGAACGGUUAUGAGAAGGAUAACUGGUGGGUGGUAUGUAGUCGACCGUCGUAA